AUGGAAGAUAAAAAUGCAUUUUUAUUUCAUAUAUUUAAUUCAGAAAUAAAUGAAAAUGAAAAAAAAGAAAAAGUUGAAAUUAGAAGUUAUUCCUUUAUAAAAUUACCCAGUGCAUCAGAACCAUCGAAAAUUGUGCUUUAUCACUUUAAUGAAGAAGCUAAUGAAUUAUAUUUACUUGAUAGAAACUAUUAUAACCCUAAAAUUGAAACAAUACGGCAUGAAAAAGAAAAAAUAAAUAAAAAUUAUAUAUCUAUAUUUAUUAAUAAUUAUGCAAUAGAAAAUAAUUGUAGUUAUUAUUGCUAUCCAAUAGAUGCACUAUUUAUAUUUAUAUCUAUAAUAUAUGAAAAUUGUACAAACAAUAAGUUUACUACAUUAGAAAACUACUUAAAUAAUAUCUUAAAAGACAAUGAAAAAAUAAGAAAAGAAGUCAUAAAAAAUAUGUUAUAUAUUUUAAAAAAAAAUGUAAACAAAAUAAAAGAUAGGUUAAAAAUAGUGUGUGAUGAAUUAUAUGAAAAUGAAAUAUAUUAUUAUAAGCCCAACAUAGAAAAAGUGAAAAAUUUUUAUAAUUUUAAAUGCAUAAUUCUAUUUAAUUACAUAAUAGAAAAUAAGAUUAUUUUUCCGGAUUAUGCUCAAUAUGUGGAAAAGGAAAUAUUAGAAAAAUAUAAAACAGACAAAAGUUCACACCCAUUAACUUUAAUAAAAGAAGAAAAAAAACAAAUAGAUAAAUAUAAUGAAUAUAAAAAAAAUGUAGAUAACUAUUUAGUAGAAUUCAAUAAAAAACACUAUAGAUUUAAUGGUAAUAAUUUAAGAGCAUUUAUUUGGUUAAUUAUUAAAGGUUUUAUGUGCUUAUCACUAGAAGAAAAAAUUGUACCUGAUGAUAUAUGUAAAAAAUUAAAAGAAAUUAAAGAUGAAGAAGAAGAAGAAAAAAGGAAAACACAAAAUGUGACAUUUACAAAAAAUAAAAAGCAUCCUUUGCAAGCUCCUAGGAAUCAACCAAUGAUAGAUUCCUUUUUUAAAAAAAAAAGAAUAAAAUAA